UAAUCUCUAAAUGUGCCACUGCAUUUGGAAUAAUUUACAAUCAAUUCUACUUAAUUCUCUAAAGUGAUAGUUGUUACCAUGGCUCUUGAAUAAUUCUUCUUUUGCACGGAUCAAAUUUUUUUUUCAUAAAUGCAAUGUUCUUUUUCAUAAAUGCAAUGUUCUUUUUCAUAGUCGGUACCAAUCAAGUAAAUCUUAACGAUUUGAUAUCAAUAUCAAUCAAAGGAUUUUUUGCAACAUGCACGAAAUAGGGAACAUUGAAAUCGUAAAUAUUUCUAUAUUUCAAGUAUCUGAAGCUACAUACGACAUUGUGGAAUAUCUGAUUCGCGAUAUUAAAUGAAUAUUAUAUAAAAGCAAUGUGACGAAAAUAGGACAACUCGGCCCUGCCGGCUUAUGUAAUUCUUAAACGACUGGGCAAAAUUUUUGAAUUUCUCAAGAGCGAAUACGUAUCCCGAGGCUAUUUACAUCACUUUGGAUUUUCAAGAACGAGGAAGAAGGAUCGAUUAAAUGUAGUAUAGCCUAAAGUGUGGUAAUUUCUAAAAAAAGUUCCUUCGCCUUUAGCAAUACUAUUCUGGAUUCUAUUACUGGGAUUUUCUAUACGUAAUUCAACGUAACUAAGCAACAAUCAAUAAAUAAAUCUUAAUAGUAGAAUCUUAAUAGUAGAACGUUUUUAUUGAUAUCAAGUAUAAAUUUUACAUCAACAUUUAUUUCUCCAGUAUUUUUUAUUUUAUUUAUGUGAGGAUAUUUCAUAAUACGCUUCUCCCGAAGCAGAAUAAAAAUAGAUAUUCAUAUUAAAUUUUGUCCUAGAGGCAAUUCGAACGAUUCGAACGAGUAACGAUUUGGGAAAUGUGUAAUACAUAACUUGUGUAACGUAGCUUCUGAAAACCUCGACUACGUUACACAUCACGAUAUCGAAUUAUUACCUAAAAGUAACUGUAGUGAUGGGGCCUCAAUGUCCGCACUAGCUCAAUAUCUUACACGUAAUUAUUAUAGUCGAUUAGAUACUUAAUGCGCCGCGAAAUGCGAUACACGAUGGAUGUUGCUCCGGAUGCAGAAUAUUUAAAAAUCUGAGUAUUGUCUCGUGGCACAAGGCAUGAAAAGACAAAGAGAGAGAGAAAUUUUCGAGCUCGCGCGGAGGGAAUUUUCCAAUAACACGAUACCCGACGGUAUUUUUCAAUUUAAAGUUUAACGAGGACCCGCGACUCAUCAUCUUUAAUACGCGCGUUGAAAUUUCUAUCGGCAGCGGAGCGAAGGUACGUCGUUUCCCGUGCUCCUUUUCGUCCAAUACCAGGCGGGGAUAACGACACCCCGAGACCCUCGAUUUACUUGCCGCAUUAAUCAAGAAAAUGGUUCGACGGUGAACUCUACACGAAAACGGCCGGAGAUGGUACUCUCUUCUUUUCUCUCGAUGCACUCGUUUUGAUUACUCGUCAGGCGAGAAUAUCGCAACAUUUUCAUACGUGCGCCAAUCCAGUGGCGAUAACGAUUUUCCUACCGGCACGGGGUAAACAAGCGUACCUUCGACAAACUCCUUUGUCAAGUUUGCCGCGCAUUAAAAUUCAACGCGCACAUAUUUAUUGCUUAUUUCGCAAAGUGGCUUCGGUCGGCUAUAUGGCAUGAUCGGUUUCGAAACACGGCGUGUCGUUAAAUCGACAAAGUCGUCGUGAACAUUUGUUAACUCAAACUUGAAUUUUGUACUCGUCAGUCGAUAUUGUAUAUAUAAUACAAGCUGCAAUUUUUCCGAUUCACCGCUAUUCCGCCGUUACAUUUAUCUUCGUUACCGUUCUGCAACAUGCAGCAUGCUUGCAUCGGUGAUUCUCAAUUUAUAUAAUCACUCGGAAUUUUCAAUAUUAAAAAUAAUCAAUCAAAAUCAAUCAGUUGAAGAUAUGCAAAAUAUGAAUCGGAAUUGCAAAUACAAGUAAAGUUGAAUUUGAUAACAAAAAAUAUUGUUAACGUUCAUUGAAAAGCAUUAAAAAAUGUGAAAAUUGUAAUUUGUUUAAUUCUUUGAUGCAUUAGUUAUGUAUAAAUAUGUAACUGCAUAUGCAUAUAUGAUUUAGAUAAGUCAAAGAAUAUUGCAACUAAAGUUUCAAAUUACUCGCGAUAAACGCCCUUUCCAUAAUCCACCUCUGGCGUGAUUAAUUACGUGCUCCCUUUUCAACCCUAUUUUCGCAUCAUUUAUUAUUAUACCUUUCCACUUUCCGUGUUCCAGCGGCACGCAGACACGUACGCACGAUUCACCGUGCGACGUCCGCCGCCGAAGGAAGGAGAGCUCGGCUGACUGACGAUCGAGCGACAGCCCGAGAGGGAGAACAUUGAUGAAAUCGCGACCGAGAGACACGGGCACGGGGGUGGCCAGUGAAUAACGAUUUAUUAUAACGAAAGGACGGAAACAAGGAGGCAGCGCGCGCGACAAAGACGCACGUACACACGCGCGCGCGCGCGUAACCGAGGAAGGAUCGUGGAGCAGAAGCGGGCGUGCGAGAGGAAGUGCGAGAAGGACGUAGUGGUCAGGUGCGGUAACCGAGCCCAGUGUGUGUACCACCCCCUGGACACGGGGGGUGGCACAGAAACGCCGUCAGCGUGGGUGCCGGUGCCGCAGGGGCGCGCCUGGCCCGUCGGCUCGCCCGCAGAUUAGCACGCCGAUUAGCGGCUUCCUCGGGCCCAUUCCGGCGAACAGGCCUGGCGACCUCGGCGGGCCUCACGUCGGCGGCGGUGGCCGUGGCGGCCCCGGGGGAGCCCCACGCUCCCCCAAUAGCCGUGCCACGCCGCGCCACGCCGAACGGAAGUGCCAGCCCGAUUUCGGGCUCGGCCACGACGAUCUUAGGCUGCACCACGACGGCGACGGCGACGACGAUGGCGACGAUGACGACGGCGACGACGACGACCACGACGACGACGACCACGACGACCACGACAACGACGACCACGACGACGACGACGACGACAACCACCGCCACCGCCACUACUACCUCUACCACCUCCAACGCUACCGUCACGAGCCGCAACAAGAACAGAGCCAUGUCCAUGAGGAGCCUGUAUCGGCGCGUCUCUCAUCCUUGCCAUGGAAUUGAGAACCGACAUGCCGCGAAGCACGAAAAGCGGCCGUCGCAGAAGCUGGAGACGUCCUGGCCGUUUUCCUUGUAAGUCCACUUUCAACUUUGCCUGAUUGCGAAGCUGUAUCGUACCUCCGGGAGCUCUCGAACAUGCGGUUCCGUUCCGGAAACACGUAGAAACGAAUGUGCUGUUUCUGUGCCACUUUCGUUUCACCGUUUGGUCCGGCGCGGCCAUGUGUAACGCGUUUUAUCGAAAUUUCCGUUGUUUGGUUUGUUAACUGCAAAAAUGCUUAGACGUGUUCGAAUUCCUUUUAAUUUCCACUUUUCCGUUGUUACGUUGUUUCGAGCCAACUCGCCGGUUAGUCUCGUGCAAUUUAUGAGCUUGUUGCAAUACGCAACAAGCUCAUACUGUUCGCGCGAAUACCGUUCCUUUUAUGGAUAAUGUUCUUGUUACAGAUUCUUGUAACAGAGAACACACACACACACACACACAUACAAUUUUUUAUAUAAUUGCAACGAAAUAUUUGUGAGAAAAAUUUUAAGAUCAUAGAUUGAUUAGUGUAGAAUAAAAACUCGAAUUAUAAUGCAAUCCGUAUAAGUUUUUUUAUUAAUAAAAUUCUCCAGAUUUCUAACGCAAAUUUCGGAAGCUCUUUCUUGUAAAUGUGAAUUCAUACGUGAAUCAUCGAAGUAUUUCAUUCAUGUUAGGCUGGCAUGAUUGUUGCAAGAAGAGCACUACUAAAUUAACAAAUGAAAAGGAGCGAGCGCGCUUGAGAAUUGAUCCGGGCCGACAAAGCUACCGUAACUUAUAGCUUGAUAUCCUUCUUACACAACUUUGCGUUGGCGCCAUUUUUACGAUCAAUAAUCUCCCGCCUUUCGUUGCGGCUAGAUGGCACGUUCUACCAGGGCAAGCUUUUGCUCUAAAACUUGCUACAUUCACCGUACGAUAGCGCCAGCUUCACAAAUGCGAAAAGCUCGCAAGCGCAUUUGCAAACUUUUCAUUUAAUAAUUAAAAGCCGUAGCUGAAACACAACUUCCCUAUAAAUUCUAUAACAACCUCUCUCUCUCUCUCUCUCUCUUUUCAUCUGAUUAUACAACACAAUAGAAAAACAUACAAGUAAACAUGUAACAUAAAAUCAAGUUUAUUAUAAAAGAUUAUUAUUAGAAUAUAAACGAUUAUUAUUAGAAUAUAACGAUAAAACAAAGAUACAUGGAAUAAAUCAAUGCAAUAUAUACAGGGUGGGGCAAUAACUAUUACCACCUUAA